AUGGCGAUCGAAAGCGAAACACCAGCCAAAUCUGACGAGGACCUUAAGCGCGAAUCCUCUGAUGACGUCGAGGCCUCUUCACUGCAUUCCCCUCAGAAUGGCAGCAGCGUGGUGGUUGACCCUGAAGGGGAGCGAUCUUAUGUGAGAAAGCUUGACUUCUACCUGUUGCCGUAUCUCUCUCUUAUGUACUUCUUCAAUGCGGUCGACCGCUCCAACUUGGGCAACGCCAAAACCGACGGAAUUGAGAAAGAUCUCAACUUCAAAGGGAACGAGUACAGUCUGCUCAUUCUUCUCUUCUACAUCCCUUUCGGAACCUUGGAUCUUCCGCUCAAUCUCCUCACAAAGAAGUUCUCUGCAAGAUGGGUCUUACCGACGCUGAUGGUGGUCUGGGGCGGCAUCGCAACCGUCCAAAUCGCAUCGAAGAACUUCGCUGGGAUCCUGGUACUCCGACUGAUUCUCGGCGCAUGCGAAGCCGGCUUCUUCGCCGGCGUAGUGUUCUACUUCACAUUAUUCUACAAGCGAUCCGAGCUCGGCUUUCGCGUCGCCAUCUUCUUCGGCAGCGCUCUCCUGGCCGCAGCCUUCAGCGGCCUCAUUUCCUAUGGUGUCUUCCAGAUCGAAGGCACUAAACUCCAAGGCUGGCAAUGGCUUAUGCUCAUUGAAGGCGUUCUGACCGUACUCGUCGGUGUCGUAGCCUUUUGGUGGCUGCCAGCUUCUCCAGCAACCGCCUGGUUUCUCAACGACAGAGAGAAGGCCGCAGCUCUAGCCAGGACCCUUCGCGAUGGCUCCAAUAAAGUGGACUCCAAGUUUGACUGGAAAGAGUGUUUUACGCUAUGGAAGGAUUGGAAAUUUGUUUUCUGGCUUUCCAUCGCGUUUAACUAUCCCGUCGCCUUUGCCACGACGUCCAACUUUUUGCCCCAGAUUGUACAGCGUCUCGGCUACAGCGUCGUCAAAACGAAUCUCUGGACCGUUGCCCCAAACGCUGUUGGUUUUGUGGUACUUCUGGCAACAGCAUACUCCUCCGACUACUUCCACGAACGGACGUUUCACAUCGUCGGUGCCUUGGCAACCUCUUUAGUCGGCAUGGUCAUUCUCAUCGCAAUCGACGUUUUGGAAAACCGUGAACUGGCUUACUUUGCCUGCUUCCUCAUGGCUGCAGGGGCGUAUACACCUUCAUGCCUGGUUCAAUCAUGGCACAAUAACAACAAUUUGAACGAGAACAGCCGCGCUGCCACGACAGGUUUGCUUGUAGGUCUGGGUAACUUUGCUGGAAUCUUAUCGGCUGCAACAUUCCGGACCGAAUAUGCACCCAAGUACAUUCCUACUCUCAUUGUUACCUGCUGCUGCAACGUGUUGGCGAUGGCAUCGGCGUUGAUCCUCGGCGGCUGGAUGAAAUUGGAGAACCGGCGAAGGAACAAGGCCCAGGGUGUCAACCUUCAAGCUCAGGAUGUCGAUACAUCAGAGCUGCAUGACGGCGAGAAAUCGCCCAAAUUUCGAUUUUUCACUUGA